AUGGACGAAGAAGAGAAGGGUUUAUUCUGGAAGCUACCGGUGAUGAAGUCGAAGCAAUUGGGCAAGCUUGGCCCUGCUUUUGGCAUCGGCGCUGGUUGCGGUUUCGGUUUUGCUGUCGGCCUCGUUGGAGGUGCGGGGUUUGGCCCGGGAAUUCCAGGGUUACAGCUGGGGUUUGGAUUUGGAGCUGGAUGUGGGAUUGGGUUGGGAUUCGGGUACGGUGUCGGCAGGGGCAUUGCAUACGAUGAGAAUCGCAGAUACUCUAACGUCGGAAAGCUUUUUAAUGACCGUGGAAAUCUUCAUACUCAGGAUGAAAUUAGCAGCCUCAUCGAUGAGAUAGUUGUGAAUACGAAGAAGCUAAUGAAAGCAACUUCCAAAGAGGUGGAGAAAUGGAGAAGAUAG